AUGUCUUCAUCUUCAGAAGGUUACGCGAUCGAGCUCUACAUGGAUCCCGCACUCGAAAACCAAGUUCUGAAAGCCUGGAACGUUCUCGCCCGACGCCAAAUCAGCACCGAGUUAAUCGAAAUCGGAUCACGGCCACACAUCACACUCUUCUCAACUCCUUUCCUUCUAGAACCUUCCAAACUCGAGUCACUUCUCAAAUCCCUAACUUCCAAAUUCGAUCCGUUUUCUCUCUCUUUCUCUUCGAUCUCUUCUUUUUCCAACGAUAACAACGUUCUCUUUCUCUCACCUACUCCUUCUAUCUCUCUCCUCAACUUUCAUUCUCAUCUGGUGGAUGCGGUUGUCAAGGAAGGGAUUGAGGUUUCUGAGGAGUUUUUGGUAGGGAAUUGGAUUCCUCAUUGCUCAGUUGCGAAGCGUGUUCCGAAGCAGAGAAUGGCGGAAGCUUUUUCGCUUCUUAGAGACCUUAAAUUGCCGGUUCAAGGAUAUGCUGUUGAUGUUGCGCUCGUGCAAUUCUCUCCGGUUCGUGAGAUUUUCUCCUUUGUGCUUGGUAACAACAGUAAUAUUAUAGAGAAUUGA